AUGCCACCCAAAUCAACAACAGCAGCAGCAGCAGCAAAGAACCAACAACAACAACAGAACAACAACAACCAACAAACUAACAAAUCACAGAAUGAACUCGAACUCAACAGCAAAGCACAACAGCAGAAAAAGAAAACUGAUCAGGAGACCACCAGGAUGGCAAUCGAACAAUUUGCCGAAUCAGUCCAUCUGGUCGAAAGCUUUGCCGACACACUAGAUGCCAUCCCACCCUCACUCACCAGAUCACUCUCAGACCUCAAAGAACUAGACGCAGUGCUCACUACCCCACUCAACCAAUUACACUCAAGAUUAGACCAACUCAUUCACUCACUCAAACAACCCAAGUCGAUCAACCCCCAACAACGCUUACAGCUACUCAGGAGUAUCAUCUCCGACAUCGAGAGAUACAGAUUAGGCGCUCAGGAUAAGAUCAGAGUCGCAAACGGAACUUGUGAAUCACUAUCACAUCACAUCAGACAACUCGAUACGACCACCUCCCUAUUGAUCUCCUCAUUACCUCCAUCUCUGGAGAGUCGAAUACCACCUUCUACCUUCCCGACUGGCUACCCUAAACUGACUGGAUCCCUGCGAUCAAAGCCGAUCGGUGGGGUCUGGCAGAAUUCCAACCCAUCCAACCUCCAACAACCCAGUCCACCUUCGAUCCCUGCCCGUGAAUUCAUCAACUUUUACCAAGGAUCUCCCGGCCGGCAGAUCAACUCACAGCGUCCCUUCGAUCCUCACCAGCCCCUCUCAAAAAGACCUCGUCUAGGCGCCUCGGGACAGUCCCACCAAGCUGGAGAUGAUCCCUCGCUACUCAGACGUGAUCAUCAAGCUGAAACAGGUAGCAAACUUCUAGAUCAACAUAUUUACUCCCAAUCGGUACUCGACAAACAUCGUACAAUCCACGAAGAUAAUCACCAGCCCUCUGGUCCUCCGCGUCCCGGUGGGAAAACUGCAAGCUUGGCUCGUCAACACUCUCAGAUCGGUCUCACUAGCCCAAAUCCUAGCCUGAACGCUCCUGUCAGUAAAAACAAACGCUCUCGAAUUUCUUCCGGCCUCGCUGAACCUGAGACUGAAGAUUGGUCGAACCCCUCACCCAAGUUGAACCCUGCCUCUCAACAAGCCGGGGCCGUUGGGCCCAAGAAAAGGGUACGUAAAAGUAACCCAGCCGGUUCGGUAGCUAAGAAUGCACCAGCUCAGCAAGCCGACGAACUAGGUAGUUCUGCGAAGCCCUCGGAGCUGAAAGCCAAUGGGCUUCCAUCUACCGCCUCUACCUCGCCCUCCUCACAUCCCACCAAGUCGACGACGGUGGCACCGGUGGGAGGUGCUGGUCGUAAGGCGGUGACAGGCGUGCGCCAGACGCUUACCAAGGCCGACGGACCUGCGGGGGCGGCCGCUCCGGCGCCAGCCAAGCGGGCAUACACCAAACGGAGCGGGCUAACCAAUCCGGGCACGGCAGCCGGUGGGCCCAAGGGCAAGCGUGCCAACGCCAAGAAGGCUGUGGGUGGGACGACGGAGGGUGGCUCGGGGGAAGCUGCUGGCAAGGAGCCGGCGACGCGUAAGGCGGAGGGGCCUGAACGGGGCAGGAAGGCAGCUACGAAGGAGACCGUCCGGUUGGAUGACGUUGCUGAGGCAGGCGCCAAGCCCCGCCAACGUAAAUCAGCUCUCCACGAUCCCAGCCAGGCUGAUCAGUCUGCCUCGGCCAGACGCGACAAAGAGGCCCGGAAUAGCUUUCCUUCACGCGAUCCUCCAGAGUUCGAUUCACUCAAUCGUCCUGCUCAUGAAGAUCAGUUGGCCGCUGUAUCCAAUGGGGAUCCGACCAGCAGCCGUCUGACUAAGACCCAAUCGGCCGCCCCAUCCAGGAAACGGAAAAAUCAUCGCUCCUACGAUCUCGAUCAGUCAGUUCAGGUCGAGGACGGGCAUAGCUCGGAUGGCUCGAAUCACUCCUCUUCUACUAAGGCGUACUGUAUCUGUAAGGGUGAAGUUCAUGGGGAUCGGAUGGUCGCUUGUGAUAACUCGGAAUGUCCGAUCGAAUGGUUUCAUUAUCAAUGUGCUGGAUUGACCGAAGAUCCUACGGGUAAUUGGUUCUGUCCAGACUGUCAGGCUCAAGGAUUUGGUAGUACUUCAGUCUGUCCUCCAGGUGUUCCUUCUCACUUGGAGGAUGGUCCCGCUCGGCCUGUGGAGCAGCAGCAGCCUGUUCCUCCCCCUCCAGCCGCACAGCCUGGUCCUCUACCUGAGACUUCUUUUGUUGUGCCUUCUGAUGAUCCUGUUGUUGGUGGUCGGUCACCCUGA